AUGAAGUCAGCCUUGAAGAUCGCGGCCGUCUCGGGCCUCAUCACUGCAGCAUCAGCUCUCCCUCCAGCCCCAUCGCCACCUAACACUCAGAGCUGGAGCAAGCUGCGUGAAAACAUCAAGCAUGUCAUCUACCUCACCCUGGAGAAUCACUCCUUCGACAACAUUGCCGGUUACUGGGACUUCCACCCUGACAUCAACAACCUGCGCAAGAUUGACUACUGCAAUGAAUACACCAAUGCCAAUUGGACUGUGUGGGGAGAGCCUCUGGAUAUCUGCGCUGGUCCAUUCGAGACAGAAGUCCCUCUCGUCGAUCCCGAUCACAACUUUGCGGGUGUCACUUAUGAGAUCUUCCGCAAGUGGAACAUCACCAAGGAUGACGUCCCCAACAUGGGUGGUUUCGUCGAGCGCCAGUCGGAGAAAUAUAAGUCGACUCCCGGAGAUGCCGCCUUUGUGAUCAAGGCCUAUGAUCAAAAGAAGACGGCCCUUUUGGCGGAGUUGGCACAGAACUUUGCCUUCUUCGAUGCCUAUUUCGCUGAGCACCCUGGCCCAACCAACCCCAACCGCCAAUUCGCAACCUCGGGAUCCAGCUGUGGUUUUGUCGAUAACACUGACCAGUCUGCCGGGUUCUGGAACAAUGUGACGGGUACUACUUGCGCGACAUCGAUCUUCGAAUCGCUGAGCAACAAGAACAUCAGCUGGAAGAAUUACUACGAGACCGACAUUAUCGACGCAUUCAUGUACAAGUGGGUUCAAGACAACGCGAUGGAUCACCUCGCCCACGCGGACGAGUUCUACCGUGACUUGGAACAAGGCACUCUGCCCACGUUCUCGUACAUCAACCCCGAGUGCUGCACCAUUGACUCGAUGCACCCGACCAGUCCCAUGGCAUCAGGUGAGCAGAUGGUCAAGCACCUGUACGAUGCUCUCCGUCGGUCCAAGUACUGGGACAAUGCCCUCCUGAUUAUCAACUUUGACGAGCACGGUGGCUUCGCCGACCACGUCCCCACCCCGUUGAACGUGCCCCAGCCAGAAGAUAACAUUACCUUCACUGGCACAUCCGAGGGUCAUCAGGUCAGCUACGACUUCACUCGCCUGGGCGUCCGCGUUCCUGCCUUCCUCAUUAGCCCCUGGAUCCCAGCGAACACCCUCAUCCACAAGGAAGGUACCUCAUACGCCAAGAACUCCGAAUACACCCACAGCUCAGUCUUGCAUUUCCUGCAGGAACUGUGGGGACUGGAGGGCCUGAACAACCGCGUCCAAUGGGCCAAGACCUUUGAGUAUGUCUUUUCGGGUAUCCGUCGGGACAAUACGCCAAAGACCUUGACCACCCCAACUUGGGAGGGUGGCAGUGGACAGCCUGAGCCUAAAUCAUUCUAUCUGCUGAACCAAGAUUAUAGCUACUAUGCUGAGCAGUAA